UGUUGCUCGGCAACAACGACAUCAAUAUUUUGCGUGGGCUCAAGAUAUAGUCAAGUUGUAGACUACAAGGUUGUGUAUCCCUUGCAGCAAGAGUCGGAGAAGAAAUUAUCAACCAAAAUGACUACAGUUCUCCCACAGAAAGCUGAAGGGACUUACACCUUCGCCAGUCAACCGAGAGCAGUACAACAGAGGAAGAAAUAUAGAGACCCUUUGCUCGGUCAACAGAACGAACAAUCAGCACAAUAUGGCAACAUUAUGUAUGACAGAAGGAUUGUCCGUGGAAACACAUACGCCCAGCAUACACUACCUGCUAGUGCACAGCCUGACCCAAUUGAGAUUCAAAGGCAGCAGGAAAACAAACGGCGGUUGAUAGCCAGGAAAAGAGCGAAAGAUCAACUUCGCCCACGAUCUCCAGAGGCAGUGGAGGGUCGGAAACACAUGGAUGUCCAAACAGAGUUAUAUCUGGAAGAGUUGAGUGAUCGUGUUGAGGAGGCAGACGUGGAGUGCCAGACAGAUGCCUUCCUAGACAGACCUCCAUCUCCUCUCUUCAUACCAGCCAAGACAGGUGUCGAUAUAGCAACACAGAUUCUGGAUGGAGAUCUGUUUGACUUUGAUGUGGAGGCAAGGCCUAUCCUGGAGGUACUAGUGGGGAAGACGGUGGAACAAGCACUGCUGGAGGUCAUGGAAGAGGAGGAACUUGCCAACUUACGCAUGCAGCAGCGGGCAUUCGAGGAACUUCGCAAUGCAGAGCUGGUGGAACAACAGCGUCUGGAAGAACAGGAAAGGAGACACAGAGAGGAGAAGGAAAGGCGCAUGAAGCAGCAGAGAGAAGUAUUACGGAAGGAGAAGGAGACUGCAGAGAAGAUUGCUGCACGUGUGUUUGCACAGAGCUACCUUGCAGACCUUGUACCGUCAGUGUUUGGAACACUCUCAGACAAUGGAUACUUCUAUGAUCCUGUAGAGAGAGAUGUGGAGCAAGGAUUCAUGCCAUGGCUGAUGGAGAGAGUGUCUGAGCAACUAGAGAAGUGUGAGCUGGGCAGGCUGGUGCUGGAUGGCAUGCUGAGAGAGGUGGUGCUGAAACGCAUGGAUCUGUACAGUCGUCUGGACACAGCCAUCCACUCCCAGCAGGCCACAGAGGCCCUGAAUGCUGCUUCAGAUGAAACCGGUGGGACUGACCAGACAGCUGCCCCGGCCACAACCACGGAGGGUGAUGCUAUAGACCGUCCUUCAGAGCCUGCCCCAGAAUCCAGCCAGGGGCCCCCGUCUCAGGAUGAGGACACUAAGGAAGGGGGUGAGGAGGGGGGAGAACAAGAUGAGGAUCAGACCACAGAAGACUGAAAACACCCACAACAUACUCAAUACUAAUCAUGUCUAAUUGCAUUUGAGCAUUAUGCAAAUCUCGUUAUUUUGGUAGUUUACAAACAUGCCAUCCAUUGACAUAUUUAUUAUUUGUUAUAAAUGUCACUGUAAAUCAUUGUGAAUGCCUGUGUGAAUAUACAAGUUUGGAGGAAGAAAACAAGAAAUGAUUGAAGAUUCAAAUAGUAAGUUCACUGGAACUAGUGAACAUUUGAGUUCUGAAGAUUUUAAAAUAGUGUAAAAGUUAACAGGAUACUAUGAUAUGUUUUGUAUUUAUGAAAUUUGUUAUAUAAGUGUCAUAUAUUUACAAUGUGUGAGUUUGUAUUUUGUAAUGACAGCACACAGCAUGAUCAUACAUGGGCAUGUCGUAUGUCUGCCUCAUUCUAUACAGGGCAUGCAUGUAUGCUAUUGUACAGUUAUACAGUGUCUGUCAUUGGCCACAUAGUGCAUGUAAAUAGCAGUGUGUUCUCUGCCAGGUUAACUUAUCUUGCAUUCCACUCCACAUGUGUCUGGUUGGAUGUGGAAGAUGAUGUACAGAACUAUAGCUGUGGUAUACACUGGACACUAUGUACAUAAAACCCCUCAAACUUAUUUUCAUCUCUGAUUCUGAUUAAUACUAUAUUUUUAUCAAUAAACUUCCAUCUUUUGUUGAA